AUGGUAAUAAGUCAAAGUGAAGAUGAAGAGAGUAUUAACUUCUUCUUUUAUGUGAACCUGAUCCUGGUUGUUAUUGAUAUAGCCUGCCUUGCUGCAGUAGCUAUCAGAAUCAAAUGAGCUCCGAUCUUGAAGCCACUAACCGCGAUUCAUUCUUUCUUCUUGUUUCCAAGCUUGAUUUAUCAUGUUUUUCCUAUCAUAGGGACUAACUUUACACUCCUCCUGACUGUAUACACACUAAUCACAACCCUACUAAACUACCUAACCAUCAUCUUAUUUUCCCUCUCAUUACUCCUUGCCCUCUUUCUCUUCCUGACUGAUAGAGUAAGAACUGGAGAUAUACUGACUCUGAUCAUAAGUGUCACUCUUCCAAGUGUUCUUAUCAGUGUGACUCUUGUGGCUUCUCUUGCUGAAGAUGUGGCAGGCAGGGGAUAGGAGAUAUGCUUAAGAAUUUUGGAAAAGAAUUUGGAGUGUGGAAUUGU